AUGAAGAAGAAUGGAGUCAUUGAGGAGUACUGGAAGAAUGUCUUAGGGUAUGUAUCAAGUGGAGAAGGAGUUCAGAAGGAUAAUGCUUUACCUCUUGCUCGGAUUAAGAGAUUAAUGAAGGUAGAACAAGAAGUGAGUAAAGUAGCUAGUGAAGUACCAUUACUAUUCUCACGAGUAACUGAGAUCUUUAUUGAAGAGUUGACUUUAAGGGCUUGGCAACAUACUGAGGAGGGGAAGAGGAGGAUUUUGCAGAGGAGUGAUAUUUGUUCAGCCAUUAAGUCUUCAGAUCUUUUUGAUUUCCUUAUCUAUUUGAUGCCAAGAGGUUCAGGAAUCAUUGAAACGAGUGCCCAUCCUAAAUACAAGUACUAG